AGUCUGGAGCGGGGCGGAGGAGCAGGCUGAUGUUGAUCUAGGAGGAAGUUGGUAAAGCAGCGAACCUGUAUUCGAGUUUAAGCGCGCAUCUAUGCUGCUCACGCAGUUUCUUAAAUCGUUUUCUUAGAAGAACAGCAAUCGCUUGCAAUGACAUUAACAAAUUAAGCCUGGAUGUUCGCGUUGCGUAGCGAUCUAUUUCUACAACAAGUUAUUCAUCGGUAAACCGUGUAAGGCUGCCUUUUAUUUUCCACCGUGGACAAAUCUAAUUGUUCUACUAUUAAACAGAACACACCGAGAAAAAGUCGGCUCGGAAAAUUUUGGAAAACGACCUCGUCAUUUAUUAAAUAGUUAAUGUUUAAGUAUAUUCAUUUUACGACCGACGAGGGAGUAGGUGAAACUCAGCAGCCUGCGUAAUCCGAUAGAUGGGUAGGCAACUAUGUGUUAGUGUUUAGUGGCGGCGAGUCCUUUCAACGUGUUGAAAUAGACAAGCGUUUCUAGAAAGAAGAAAAAAACAAAAAACAAAAACAAAAAAAAACCAAACAAACUUAAACCUUACGAUAAGCAAGUGGAGAUACAAAGUAAAAAAGGGAUCUGGCUUCUGAGGACCUUGCCAAUAAUGAUUUUCUUUGAUGACUGGAUGUAAGGGGACUUUACGUGUGCAUUAUUUUAGACUCCUGGAUAGAACGGACUGCAUAACUUUUCCAUUGGUUGAUAAAUAAGAAAAAAAAAAACAUAAACUCGGGAAUGCCAAAGUUCUAAAUCUAGAGGAAAACAAAUGGAUCAGGAUGCCCGCUAGAUUUAGGUGUCAUAUAACCCACAUCUAAUCGACUACGCUGAAAACAGCCGUGCUGAAGCUUGUCCUGUGAAAACAGGGCAGUUUGACGCUUCCGUUAGGAUUCAGUCAGAGCACUAAAAUAACAGGUAGGCUGUAUAGAAGAAAAGCCGUUUAGGAUAUUGCGAUUCUUGGAUCUUUAAAAUAAUUUGAAGGAAAACAGAUGCCGACAAUCUGACUAACCCCGGGUUUUACUACCAGGAACUAUCGAACUACAGCGCCAACAUUUGCGAACAAACAAUGCUGUUUUUGUUGUAUGCUGUUGCCUGAUGUGAGUGGUAGUACCACUCGGUUUGAAGCGAGUUCCAGUUAGGAAUAGUUUUGUUCUUGCCAGCACGACACCGUGUAAUGAGUCAGUAGAGAGACAGAGACACAUGUACGGGAGUCACAGUUCAGACUUCACAAUGGGUGUCCGUUCAAUUAUUCGAGGUCCGUUAACUUCAUCCGAAAUUAGUGAGGGAAACGCAUUUACAAAAGAGUUGGCAGGUCUCUUCAAGGGGCAGCAUCUGAAGCGAUGGAAAGAAGAAGUAGAGCGCCGUGGUGAGCCGGGUGGCGCCAGCUCUCUCCACGACUGGAAGACCUGCUCAGCCAAAGCCGAGACCGAGAGUCACCGCGCUCCUUCUCAAAAAUUCACUAAAAAGAUCUGUAACGCGUCGGCUUAUGGGAUCAAGAAUAUUACCACAUACGAUGACAAAAUGAUCACUCCAAAUAUUAAAAGAAGUUCUUCCGUGAAAAAUUGCAUCUGGAAUGAAAGGAGAAAGUUUGUAUUAUGUGCUUGGUGUUGGUGGGCGUUCUUCUGUCUACACAUCCACGUGCUGAAAGCUGUCGCACAAGGCGAUGUGGCCCCAUACUUCAAAACGGAGCCAGGGCGUCCAGAAACCCACCUGGAGGGGAAUCGGCUCGUCCUGACCUGCCUGGCGGAGGGCAGCUGGCCGCUGGAGUUCAGAUGGAUGCUGAAUGGCACGGACAUCACUGCCUUCUCUCCAGAGUACAAGUACAUUAUCCCAUCUCUGCAGCACACAGACAUGGGUGCAUACCAGUGUGUGGUGAGGAACAGAAUGGGGGCCCUGCUGCAAAGAAGAGCAGAGAUCCACGUGGCAUAUAUGGGCAACUAUGUGGAGGGUGACCAGCGUAAGACAGUGACCCAAGGCCGAGCGGCCGUGCUCAAUUCGCCAGCAGUGAGCUCCUUCCCCCGCCCGCAGGUGACGUGGUUCAUGGAUGGCUACAAGAUCAUCCCCAGCAGCAGAGUGGCCAUAACACUGGAGAACCAGCUGGUGGUGCUGGCCACAGCCGCCACUGAUGCAGGGAGGUACUACGUCCAGGCUUUCAAUGAGAAGAACGGCGAGAACAAGACGAGCCCAAACGUCUACCUGAACGUGGCGGAUGCAGAUGCUCCAGCAGGCCCUGUGGCUCCUGUGAUAGUAAUCGCCCCGAGGAACACCACGGUGACGGCGGGGGUGAGCAAGGCCACGAUGGAAUGUGUGGCUAAUGCACGGCCAGUGGAGAAGUUGAAUCUGGUGUGGCGAAGAAAUGGUGUGGAGGUGGCCAGUGGUGUGGGCUCCUUUGGCCGCCGCCUGACCAUCGUCAACCCCACCUCAGCAGAUGUGGGCCUGUAUGUGUGUGAGGCCUCCCUGCUGGACAGCAGCAUGAAGCACGCUGAGGCUAGAGCCUUCCUCUCUAUUAUCGAGUCUCCCUACUUCACGGUCGAGCCCAGGAGGAAGAUGAUGGGAGAAGUGGAGAAGAGCGUGGACAUCCCAUGCCAAGCUAGAGGAGUGCCAACACCUAAGCUGGAAUGGUAUAAGGAUGCAGUGCCCCUCAGCAGGCUGAGCAACCCACGGUACAAGGUCACCUCCAGUGGGGGACUGCAGGUCAGGCAGCUGCAGCCCAACGACACUGGCAUUUUCCAGUGCUUCGCUCGGAAUGCCGCAGGCGAGGCACAGGUCCACACCUACCUGGACGUCACAAGUAUGGCUCCGGCCUUCAGUACACCGCCAGCCAACAUCACUGUCACGGACGGCACCGUAGCAACCUUCACCUGUCAGGUCUCUGGCGCUCCCAAACCAGCCAUCGUCUGGAAGAAAGAUGCUCAGAUCCUGGCCAGUGGCUCGGUAAAGAUCCCACGGUUUGCACUGUUGGAGUCCGGAGGGUUACAGGUGCAGCCAGUGGUGCUGCAGGACAUGGGCACAUACACCUGCUAUGCUGCCAACAUGGAAGGGACCGUCAACGCCAGCGCCGACCUCACUGUGUGGAGUCGCACCUACAUUUCCCAGCCUCCUACAGACCGUCGGGUCAUCAAGGGGACCACAGCCAUUUUGGAGUGCGGUGCUACACACGACCCACGCGUGUCCGUGAGGUUUGUAUGGAAGAAGGAUGGCGAGAUGGUGGGCCAGUCCAGAGGUGGGCGUAUCAGCCUGCAGGAGGGUUCUCUGCACAUCACUCAGACUUGGUCAGGUGACAUUGGUGACUACACCUGUGACGUGCUCUCCCCAGCCGGCAACGACUCCAAAGCCACACGUCUGGAAGUCAUUGAGCUUCCUCACUCCCCACGCCACCUGCAGGCCAGGCUGAAUGCCACGGACAGUCGUAGCGUGGAACUCCUCUGGAUGAGACCUUUCGACGGCAACAGCCCCCUGCUGCACUAUGUGGUGGAGCUGUCAGAGAACAAUUCACCAUGGAGGGUGUACUUAGCCAAUGUGAACCCAGCAUUGAUGACAACCGUGGUGACGGGCCUUACCCCCGCACGCACCUACCAGUUCAGGGUGUGUGCAGUCAAUCAAGUGGGAAAGGGGCAAUACAGUACUCAGACCAACAGGCUGAUGCUGCGGGAGGAGCCUCCCAGUGCUCCACCCAAGAACAUAGUGGCUAGUGGCCGGACCAAUCAAUCUAUAAUGGUGCAGUGGCAACCCCCUCCUGAGCCUCAGCUCAACGGUGUACUCAGAGGUUACGUCCUCAGAUAUCGCCUGGCCGGGCUCCCCGGUGAGUACCAGCAGCAGAACAUCACCAGUCCUGAGAUAAACUACUGCCUGAUCACAGAACUCAUCAUUUGGACACAGUACGAGAUCCAGGUGGCGGCAUACACAGGAGCAGGCCUUGGUGUCUUUAGCCCGCCCGUCAUCGAGUACACACUACAGGGAGUUCCCACAGCACCCCCUCAGGGAGUGGAGGCCAUAGCCGUCAACUCAACCACCAUCAAAUUCACUUGGAAUCCACCACCUCAGCAGUUCAUCAAUGGCAUUAAUCAAGGUUACAAGCUCAGUGCAUGGCCAGAGCACUCUCCUGAGGACACCAUAGUGGUGACCAUCACCCCAGAUUACCAUGGCACCCGUCACCUGGCCUACGUCAGUGGCCUGAAGAAGUUCACCUGGUACUUGACCUCUGUGCUGUGCUUCACCACCCCAGGCAACGGACCACGCAGUGCACCCAGGCUUGUGCAAACUCAUGAGGACAUUCCAGGCCCUGUAGGGCGUCUGAGCUUUACUGAGAUCCUUGACACAUCUCUGCGAGUUAGCUGGGAGGAGCCUGUAGAGAAAAAUGGAGUCAUCACAGGUUACCUGCUUUCCUGGGAGGCACAGGGGAAGAACCAGUCACGGGUGGCCCAAACCAUGCCCAAUACCACGCUGGAGUACAAGGUGACUGGCCUCACCUCCCUCACCACCUAUACCCUGGAAGUGGCAGCCAUAACUGCAGCAGGCAUAGGAAUGAUCACUUCAUCCACAAUUUCCUCUGGAGUGCCUCCAGAGCUUCCUGGACCUCCUUCAAAUCUGGUUAUCUCAAAAAUCAGCCCACGAUCGGCAACUUUGAAGUUUCGGGCAGGGGAUGAUGGGAAAACAGCCAUCUCUAAGUGGAUUGUGGAGGGACAAGUGGGCAGUACAGGAGAAGAGGAGGAGUGGAAGGUGCUAUAUGAGAAGGAUAAUGAUCCAGAAGCCCAGGUCUUGGAGGUGCCCAACCUCACACCCUUUACCUUCUACAGGUUCCGCAUGCGGCAGGCCAAUGUGGUUGGCUCCAGCAAGACGAGUGAGCCAUCACGACUCAUCCAGACGCUGCAGGCCCCUCCUGACGCAGCUCCCAGUAGUGUGAGCGUCCGUACGGCCAGCGAGACCAGCGUGUGGCUGCGCUGGGUGCCACUGCCAGAGACUGAGUACAAUGGGAACCCAGAGAGUGUGGGCUACAGGUUGAGGGUAUGGCGGGCAGAUCAGCAGGGCGAGGUCAGCACUCGGGUGGUGAGCGACAGACUGGAGAGAGAGAUCACCCUGGAGGGCCUGGAGGAGUGGACGGAGUACCUGCUCCAGAUCCAGGCCUUUAACUCCAUCGGCCCUGGGCCAUGGAGUGAGCCUGUGAGAGGGCGCACACGGGAGUCUGUGCCAUCUGGAGCUCCAGACAAUGUGACAGCAGAGGCCAUGAGCUCCACACACAUCCUCGUCACCUGGGGGCCCGUCCCCGAUUCUGAGCAAAACGGGAACAUCCUCGGAUAUAAGAUUCUGUACCGAGAGCAGGACUCCAACACUGAGCCACAAGUGCAGGUGGUGAAGGGCAACCUGACGCAGUCAACCCUGUUGAGGAACCUGCGGAAAUAUGUGCUGUACGAGAUCCAGGUGCUGGCGUUCACGCGGAUCGGAGAUGGCCAGCUCAGCAGCCCUCCUGUGUUGGAGAGGACCAAGGAUGAUGUUCCAGGGCCCCCUGUGAGACUGGUGUUCCCAGAGGUACGACUCACAGAGGUCCGAGUGGUCUGGCAAUCACCUGUGGAUGCCAACGGCAUUAUCAUAGGAUACCAAGUUGCUUACCGGCUGGAUUCUGGAGAACCCAACCAGUUCACCACUGUGGAUGUGGGCCCAAACACCAAGGAGUUCACAGCCUCUGCCCUGAGCCAAGAGUCAGCCUAUAUCUUCCGCAUAUCCGCCAGGACACAGCAGGGCUGGGGCACUGCUGCUCAGGCUGUGGUCAUCACUACAGAGAUCCGAGAACGGCCCCAGCCCCCACUGCAGCUCAGCGUGCCCCAGGACCAGGUGCAGUCACGCCGGCUGUGGCUAGAAUGGGUGCCAGGCAGAGAUGGCUCCUCUCCCGUGAGAUACUUCACCCUGCAGCUGCGCCAGCUGCCCGACGGAGGCUGGAUAACCCACUCCUCUGCCAUUAGUCACAACAGCACAUCCUGUGUGGUGGACCGGCUGAAGCCCUACACUUCAUACAAGCUGAGAAUGAUGGCCACUAAUGACAUCGGCGACAGCAAAUACAGCCAGGAGACCGAUGCAAUUACAACUUUACAAGAUGUUCCGGAUGAGGCUCCCGUUAUUCAGUCCGUGAAGCCGUCCACGACGACCUCUGUGCUGGUGCAGUGGCAGUCGCCCAAGGAGGAGAGCGUGAACGGUGUGCUCCUGGGCUACCGGCUGUAUUAUCGUGAGCUACAGUAUGACAGCACUCCACUAGAUUCCAAGAAGGCCAUCAACAGCUCGGUGGCACGCAGCGAUCUGACAGCCAAAAGCACUGUGAAGACAGUGAGCAGUCCUUCCCUAAUGGAAUUCGAACUCACCCAGCUACAAAAAUACAGGCGCUAUGAAAUCAUCAUGACAACCUACAAUAUCAUUGGGGAGAGUCCUGCCAGUGCUCCCGUGGAGGUGUUUGUUGGGGAAGCAGCACCCUCCGUGGCUCCUCAGAAUAUCCAAGUGAACACCAUGUCAUCCACCCAGCUGGAGGUGCAGUGGGAACCGCCUCCUGUGGAGACCCAGAAUGGCAUCAUCCAGGGCUACAAGAUUUAUUACUGGGAGAUAGAGAACCAGAACGAGACAGAAAAGGUGAAGAUCCUCUUUCUGCCUGAGACGAGUGUGCGCUUGAAGAACCUGACCAGCUACACAUACUACAUGGUGAAGCUGUCAGCCUUUAAUGCAGCAGGGGAUGGCCCACUCAGUGAGCCCAGGAAGGGGCGCACUCUCCAAGCAGCCCCCAGUGCUCCUAGCUUUAUUAGUUUCUCUGAAGUGACCAGCACGGCUGUUAAUGUGUCUUGGGGGCUCCCCCUGACUCCAAACGGUGUGGUGGAUGGCUACAGAGUGGUGUAUGAGCCCUCAGCCCCCAUUCACGGUGUGACCAAGGUAAUCACAGUGGACAUCCGGGGAAGCUGGCAGCGCUGGCUGAAGGUGCGUGACUUGACGAAGGGAGUGACCUACUGUUUCCGCGUGCAGGCCAGGACCAUCAGCUAUGGCCCAGAGGUCACAGCCAAUGUUACGGCGGGCCCUGUGGAGGGAGCUCCUGGAUCACCUCUCAAAAUAUCACUUAUGAAAUCUGGCUCAACCCUCACCAUCCACUGGGCCCCAGGAGAUGGGGGAGCAGGCCAUGUGACAGGGUAUGCCAUUGAGGCCCGCCCUUCAGAUGAGGCCUUGUGGGACACUUUCGUGAGGCACUUGCCGCCCUCGACCACCUCUCACAGCGUGAGCCUGGAACGACUGCGGCAGGGAGUCAGCUACCAGUUCAGAGUGCUGGCUAUCAAUGAGUAUGGCUAUGGCGAGCCAAGUGCGCCCUCUGCUGCCAUGUCAGCCCAGCCGGAGACGCCGUUUUAUGAGGAGUGGUGGUUCCUGCUGGUCCUGGCACUGUGCGGCCUCAUCCUGCUGCUCCUGCUCGUCUUUGGCCUUGUCCUGCACGGACAGAGCAGGAAGUACAAGAGCUGUGGGACAGGUGCAGCUGUCUCCACGAUGGAGGAGUCUGUCACACUGGACAACGGUGGCUUCACGGCUCUGGAACUGAACAGCAGACCCGUCCACGUCAAGAGCUCCUUCUUGCGACGAAACGGCACCAGGUCUCCCCCUCGACCCAACCCUGCUGGACUUCGUUAUUCAGACGAAGACAUCUGCAACAACUACAAUGGUGCAAUCUCCACAGAGUGCACAGCCUUGACGGAGAGGCCAGCAGACUUGUCCGAGUCUGAGGCCACAGACAGCGACUGUGAGGAGGACCAGCUCAAGCAUUCAUUUGUGAACCACUACAUGAGCGACCCAUCCUACUUCAACUCGUGGAAACGACAGCAGAAAGGCCUGAAGCAGACACUGGCCUGCUCCUACGAGGAGCGUGUCAGCUCAGAUGCCGACGGUUACUACCAGACGGUGGUGACCCAGCACAGUGUGGGCGGGGUUUACACACCUGCCGGCCAGCCCGCACCAGGAUCCCGAACUCCAAUUACAGGCUUCUCAUCCUUUGUGUGAUGCACCGGCAUGACCCAGCCGGUGGGGGGAUGGGGGGCCACUCCCUGCUGUGGGGCCCCUGGUCCUGAGAAGGGAGACCCCAGGGGAAAGGCACAAAACUCGGGACAUUUCAGCAGUAUUUUCACCACGAGCACUACAAGAGACAAUGUUUAUGAUUGACCACUCAAUUAGUUCAGACUGCGUGUCGAUUAGCAGGUGUGACGGUAAGUGUGAAGGAGGAGUAUUUGACUGAUUCAGCAAAAUGGAAUAACACUGCAAUCACAGGAGCAGAGAUAAUCCCAGAGUUCAGAGUGUAUGUUAUUGUUACUGCUGUUUAUAGUGGCCACAGCCUUGGAUGUUUUAUCAAAUGGGAAUUAAGAUGGGUCUAACAGGAAACUCCUGGUUUUGGCCUACCAAUGUAAUGGUCAGCACUACAUUCCCACACUCGACAUGGUGGCACACAUUCACAGUUGAAAAUGAUCAUUCCUACCAAGAUUCCCUUUAUGACAAACCACUGGAAGGAUUUUACAUGGAUCAAGUACUCUGUAAUUACUAUAUACUAUAAUGUCAUGUCACCUUCAGUGUGUCUAUCUCCAUGUGUUUCACUUGUUAUCGGAAAGGUCACCGAACUGAGGUGGAUGUUGGGGUGAAAGCGCAGGGUGUUGCAGCUCUGCCUCACUGACAGGCGUGCGGUGGAGACCACAGCACUUGCUCACACCCCCCCUUGGGCAGCAAAACACAGCACGAGUCGUACAGUGAUUUUUCACGUGUCGCAUGCCACCAUCUUCACAUGGAACACUGCUGUUAACAAUUCAGUUUGUUUGUUUAUUUUGAAGGGUUUUUUUUCACCAGGCUUAAGAACAGCAUUCAUUUGAAGGACCCAGUUUUACAAACACAGGUUCUGCCUUGUCGUAGGUCCCUAAACUGAAGCAUACUUUCGGAGAAAUCCCAGUUGCCUUGAACAUUUCCCUUGAAAGCUAGGUUAAGUCUAGAUCUGGAAUGCAGGUCUGCUUAUGCUGUUUGACUGCAUAACAGUUCCCCAGCUAUAGUGUAAUGUUGCCCCUGUUCUGGUUAACCUGAUGCUGUCUUGGCUCAUGGAGUGCUGGAGAAGUAGCAGCUCUGACCCAGCUAAGGCAGAGCAGAAGGUGCAGGCAGCAGACGCCAGACUAUGCAGUGCAGGCCACGCCCCAGGAGUAGAGCUGCAGGAUCACCAGGUGAGAGGUGAGCCUAGAUGACUUUUAGCACAUUAUUGACAGGGUUCCCACAUCCUGAAUGUGAGAGGUUCUGAGUUUAGGGUUAAAGAAAACAAGAUCUUGCCAUUUCAGAAAAAUGGGUGUUCCAAAAGUGAAAUUUGAGCACAAAAUGAAAAAAUUUAAAUCACAAGUUUCAAGAAAUUGUCCCAUACAAACCUUCAGAAAAGGAACUUGGGAUAGUGGGCAUAUAUUAAUUUUAUAGCACUGUAAUUGACCUUAUGAUUUCUGACUCAUGCACCAUGCACAACUGCUGUUUUAAUAAUUUUUUUACUGGAAAUAGAAGCGGAGUGAAAUUGACAAGUCCUGAGAUGGAUUGAGAACCCUAUAUGUCCAGUCCUCUUAAGCCAUAAGCACAUAGCUUUCUUUUUCCUUCAUUUUUCCAUAUUUCUUUUUUUUUUUAUUUUAGCUUCACUUUUGUUUACCACAGAAGCUUUGACUGAAUAUUUGCCUUUUUUUUUUAUAGGCGUGAAAUGUAUAAAUGUGAUCUAGGAUUUAUUUGUAUUGUUCAUCUUUUUUUAAACUGUACUAUUACUGUAGAGUGAUGCAACACCUUUUGUACUUUUGUUACAAUGUAAUUUUAUUUCUUGCAGUUCUUGAAAUUACCAAUCACAGUGGUGGACAAAACAAUAAUUUACUGUAAUGGAAAAGGAAAUGUUUAUGGUUUAUGCUUGCCAUCAUGUCUGUCUCAGCACGAGUUUAUGUCAUGGACAUUCAUGAAGUAAAGACUAUUUCCCACUUUUUUUUUUAAAGAGAAAUUAAAUGUUUGCUGUUGACAUAAA